AUGGAAUGGACAUUGUUUGUGCUCUUCUUCGGCCAUCUUUUGACACCGCUGGAAGGCGUAUCUUGGGUGGAUAGGACAGAGUCUGGUGAGUCGGAAGAAAACUACUACGACGGAAGCGAUGCUGAGGACGAUGAAGAAGAUCACGACGACUCAGGAGCGCCUGAGGACACCGACGAUGACACGCACGGGCACAAAGAUUCCGUUGAGAUCGAAUAUGAAGAGAGUGAUCAGGUGGAAGAACACCACAGUGGACAUUCGCACGCCAAUGCUGUUGACGUGUCCUCCUCUUCCGAAUCGGAUCAAGCAAAUCUCUACAGCAACACCGAAUUGUUCACCAAACAUCUGAAAGGGCUUUCGCAACCAUAUGCCUUGGGGAAGUCAAAGCGAUCCAAACAGCUGCUCCCACCGGUGACCAUCUCCGUGCCGUAUCCGGUGCACAUCGAACGGAAGGUGCCCGUCUUCAUCGAAACGAAGGUGCCGGUGUACGUGGAGAAGAAGGUUGAGGUACCGGUGGAUCGACCGUACGAGGUGCCAGUGCCGGUGAAGGUUCCGGUGUACGACAAAGAGGUGAUCCAUGUGCCGCGACCCGUAGUGUACAACGUCGACCGACCGUACCCCGUGUAUGUGCAUAGGACAGUUUACGUGAACAAGUAUCAGCCGGUCAAAGUGUUGAUCAAAUCACGGACGCGUUACUAG